AUGACCGGAGUUGCCAGGGCUGCUGCUCGCAUUAGACACGUCCAUGCUGCACCCCUCUAUCGCCCUCUGAUUCUCCACCGCCAACCUGUCCUCAACGCCCUCGGCGCCAUCCAGGGCAAGCCUCUCACCAGAGUGGCGCGUCAAGGCCAGAGCGUCGCCUUCCCAAGGAGAUGGGCGAGCACCGCAGCUAGAACUGUCGACGGGGGUGAUCAACAAUGGCCCGAGAGGAAGCUUCCAGUUCUCAGCGAGACCGACAAGUCGAGAUUGAAGAGGCAGAGAAACGUUGGAAUUUCUGCCCAUAUUGAUUCCGGCAAGACCACCCUGACCGAGCGGGUUCUCUACUACACUGGACGAAUCCGUGACAUUCACGAGGUCCGAGGCCGUGAUGCCGUCGGUGCCAAGAUGGACUCUAUGGAACUUGAGCGUGAAAAGGGUAUCACCAUCCAAUCUGCUGCUACCUUCUGCGACUGGGUCGCCCCUACUCCCCCUACCGAACUCGUCGAUGGCCAACAAUUCGACAAUGUAGGCAAGGAGAACUUUGCGAUCAACAUCAUCGACACACCCGGUCACGUCGACUUCACUAUCGAAGUAGAGCGUGCCUUGAGAGUACUUGAUGGUGCUGUGCUUGUGCUUUGUGCCGUCUCUGGUGUCCAGAGUCAGACCAUCACGGUCGACAGGCAGAUGAGAAGGUACAAUGUCCCCAGGUUGACUUUCAUCAACAAGAUGGACAGGGCCGGGUCAAACCCCUGGAGGGUCAUCACCCAGCUUCGAGCCAAGCUCAAGAUGAACGCUGCCGCUGUGCAGGUGCCAAUUGGAUCCGAGGGUGACUUUGGUGGAGUUGUGGAUCUUGUUAGAAUGAAGGCCAUAUACAACGAAGGCGUCAAGGGCAAUCAGAUUGUCGAGAGCGACGAGAUUCCGGAAAGUGUCCGCGAGCUAGUCGCCGAAAAGCGAGCCGAACUCAUCGAGCUGCUCUCCGAAGCCGACGAAACCCUGUGCGACCUUUUCCUCGACGAAGUCCCUAUCUCCAAUACCGACAUCGCCCAAGCCAUCCAGCGUGCUACCACUUCCCUCCGAUUCACCCCCGUUUUCAUGGGCUCUGCCAUUAAGAACACCGGGGUUCAGCCCUUGUUGGAUGGUGUUUGCACUUACCUCCCCAAUCCCAGUGAAGUGGACAACCAAGCUAUGGACGCUACCCUUCCAGCGCACGCGCCAACGAUCCCAAUCGUACCCGCCGCGGAUGCCCCACUUGUCGGUUUGGCUUUCAAGCUCGAAGAGGGCAAGUAUGGCCAGCUCACUUACAUGAGGGUUUACCAAGGUGUUCUUAAGAGGGGUACUUUGAUCUACAACGCAAGGACAGGAAAGAGAGUCAAAGUGCCGAGAUUGGUGAGGAUGCAUUCCGAUGAGAUGGAGGAUGUCGAGUCGGUAGGAGCUGGUGAAAUCUGUGCCAUGUUUGGUGUCGAGUGCUCCUCGGGAGAUACCUUCAAUGACGGCACUUCGACUUAUACUAUGACCUCCAUGUUUGUACCCGAACCGGUCAUUUCUCUUUCGAUCCGACCUGAAGGCAACGAGACCCCCAAUUUCUCUCGAGCCCUCAACCGGUUCCAAAAAGAGGACCCUACUUUCCGAGUACACGUUGAUAGCGAGUCGCAGGAGACCAUCAUCUCGGGUAUGGGCGAACUCCAUCUGGACAUCUACGUCGAGCGCAUGAAGCGCGAGUACAACGUCGCCUGUGUCACCGGUAAACCUCGUGUCGCUUUCCGCGAAACCAUCACCGAGCCUUCAAAGUUCAACUACACCCACAAGAAGCAAUCUGGUGGUUCCGGUCAGUUCGGUCGAGUCAUUGGUUCAAUCGAGCCUAUGGAGGUCGACCCCGACACUGGCAAGGACACCGCAUUCGACAACAGGAUUAUCGGAGGCAAUAUUCCCAACCAAUUCAUCCCCGCUAUCGAGAAGGGUUUCCAAGAAGCUCUCGACCGAGGCCUCAUCACCGGCCACCCCAUCACUGGGUGCAGAUUCAUCCUCGAGGAUGGUUCUGCCCACGCCGUGGAUUCCAACGAGUUGGCUUUCAGGCUGGCUUCUAUUGGGGCUUUCCGCGAAGCUUUCCAGAAGGCCAAGCCUGUCGUUCUUGAGCCCGUCAUGACCGUCGAGAUUGUCGCUCCCAUCGAGUUCCAGGGUAACGUCAUCGGUGCUAUCAACCAGCGUAAAGGUACCAUCGUCGACACCGAGAUCCGUGACGAUGAGUUUACACUUUCGGCCGAGGUGGCGCUCAAUGACAUGUUUGGCUACUCUAGUCAACUGAGAGGCAUGACGCAAGGCAAGGGUGAAUUCUCCAUGGAGUACAAAAACCACCAGCCUGUGAUGCCCAAUGUGCAGAGGGAGAUGUCGGAGGCUUUCAGGACGAAGCAGUUGAGCAAGUAA